AUGGCGUUCGCUGUGAAAAAGGCAGUAAAGGAUAAAUUUCGCAGAAACAAACGAAAAGGAGAAAGGGAUGGGAAGGAAGUUGUACAGAACUCAGAGGACCAAAAUGAGAAGACAGUGAAAGAAGCACUCAAUCUAGAGAAUGGCCCUCUAUCCACCAAAAGACCUGACCAAGGAAACAAGAGACAAACUUUACCAGCUGGUGCAGAAAAUGGACAGGGUUGGAGCAAAGGCAGUUCCCAGUUGUCAUGGUCAGAUCAAAUGUCCUCUAGUGGAAGAAAAGAUGGGAAUGUUGAAGAAGCUCCAGCCAGUUUAGAUUCAACUGGGCGGUCUGAUCCAAAUUCAUUAGAUCGUGACUUUAGUUAUGCAUCUGAAGGACCCAGUACUACAGACUUAAGCUUUGAAAGAUCCAGGAAAGGAGAAGCUUCCAUAACAGAGGCAGGUCAUGCAGAUCUUGAAAACCAAGAGAUUAAUCCUUCUGCAGAAACUCUCAUUGAUGCUGUACCUGAUAACCUAAAGCCAAUUGCCAGUGGUGCUACUGCUGCUACUUCUUCUUGUGGUGUAUCUGGUGGUGGUGGUACUGCUGCCUAUGCCACUAGCACUGCUUCUUCUGGUUAUGCCACUGGUGGUGGUACGGCUGCUACUACUACUUCUUCUGGAAGGUUAUCUGGUUGUGGUGGUACUGCUGCCUAUGCUGCUAGUACUGCUUCUUCUGUUUAUGUAACUGGUAUUGGGGGUAUCACCAAUGCUGCUGGUGAUACCUCUCCUGGUGUUGUAACUGGUAGUGUUGGUCUUGUUGCUGAUGCUGCUUGUGAUACUUCUUAUGGUGGCAUGACUGGGGAUGGUGAUGGUGGUUCUGCUGAUAAUACUAGUGCUACUUCUUCUGGAAGUGUAACUGGUGGUGGUCCUGCUGCUGCUUCUUCUGGUAGUGUGACUGAUAGUGGUCUUGUUGCUGAUGCUGCUGCUGCUGCUGCUUCUUCUGGUAGUGUGACUGAUAGUGGUCUUGUUGCUGAUGCUGCUGCUGCUGCUUCUUCUGGUAGUGUGACUGGUGGUGGUGCUGCUACUGGUACUGCUGGUGAUGCUAAUGCAACUCCUUCUGGUAGUGUAACUGGUAUUGCUGCUGCAGGCAGCACAAAUGUUGGUGGUGAUGAUGGGGCCCUUUGUCAACCUGAAAACCUUCCUGAAGGAGAUGUAGCUCAAGGUGACAACAGCUUACCAAGUCUAACAACCCCUCCAAUCCAAGAAGAGAGUCAAGAAACAGAAACUGCGGAUCCCACUCAGAACAGAGGACCUGAAGGAGAAGAGGAACUCAGAAAUGAAGAAACAACUCCACAAGGCAAUAGAUAUGAACAAUUUUUUGUUUCAAAUGAAAUACAAGAAAAUAAAUUUCUUGAGGACAUGUUAAUGCGCAAACUUGACUACACACCGCAUCGAUGCAUACAUGGCUGGGAAUAUCUGGCUUGCACACAACAAGUGAAUGCGCCUCUGGAGACUCGCCUCAGGUGUAAACUAGUCAGUAGGGGCAGUUGUACUCGCACACUUAUUGACCUCCUGGUGAUUGAAAGAGAGGAUAAAACUUUGGAGGAUUUAAUAGCAGCAUUAAAAGAUAUAAGGAGAAAUGAUGUAGUUAAAAUGAUCACAGCUGUUUAUCAAGAUGCUGAAAAUUCUAUCCAAACAAUAAGUGAAUUUGCAGCUUCCAGUGCCAACGCUGACCUGAUUGAAAAGAUAACUACAAAACUGGACGAGAGAUCACGAGUUAAUACAUGCUGGAUUGACCUGGGCAGGAAAUUUCAAAUUUCUGGUGAAAAGUUGAAAGAAAUUGAAUUAUGUGGUGAAACUAAUCCAACAGAAGCAUUAAUGAAAUAUCUUUAUAUCAAACAAAAAGAUCUUACAGUGCAGAAGUUCCAUGAGAAAGUUAAGAAACUAAAGCGAGGAGAUGUUGUCAAAAAAUUGGAACCUUUUCUUGACGCGAACCCUGAAAAGCGUCUUUGGGAUGCAAUAGAUUUAGAGUCGGAUGAAAUGAGAAGCAUCUGUGUUGAUCUAAAUACACAAAACAGAGCACUGAAGAACUGGAGGCAUCUGGCCAACGCACUGGAGGUUCCCAGAGAUACGUACUCAGAUUUUAACCCACAGCAGCCUAAGAGUCCUACUGAAGAGUUGUUAAAUUGGAUCUAUGCAGAGAAGAAUGAUUUAACAGUUGGUCAGCUUUGCGCUGCUUUGGAAAGUAUAGGGCGGAAUGAUGUAGUUAGCGACUUAAGGGACUACUUUGAACCGCCACCCUCUGAGAACUAAAGUCCAAGGACGGAUCUAAGUUAUUCUGUGAAAUAGCUAGUAUCCCACAUUACCUUCAACUGAAAAAGCAAGGUCGAGGAAGGAGACAGAGCUGCGUCAUCUGCUGUGGAGGAUUGAAGGCUGAGAGGAAAUAGUGUGCAAGUUCGAGAAAGGACUAUUCGAAUACCAAUUUCGAACGGAACUGAGAUUGGCCUGAUUUCCUUGAAAUCCUAUCGUUUAUCCGCAAGAAUUGGUUUUUGCGGCAGGCUUGAUUUUCGCCGCUUUGUCUCGUACAGUCUUUCUUCCUCCCCUUCGAAAGGCUGGUAGGCCGACCUAGGCCAUGAAAUGACGUGGUUUACCCUGGUAACAAGUUUACGAGGUAGACCGUAACAAAGUUAGAAUGUUUCGACAGGUGGUUUUUAUCCAGUGAAGGAAUGAGCAUUUUUGGUUCUAUAAAUACAAAACAGAAAACAAAGGCUUUUUGAGAAUAACGAUAAGACCGUAAUUUAAAUGCGUAAAACCCAUGAUUAUCGGAUCGCGUAACUUUAUUUCACUUUGAAAGGUAAAGGAGCUGGCGUCUCUUUUUUUUUUUUUUUUCAAUUUUCUGUCAAUUCAAUGGUAGACUUAUCUUCGUGGAAAGAACUGCGACUCAGCAGUAACGACUAAGUUCAUUAUCCUUGAGAUCACUGUCGCAUUAAAUUGAAGAGCUAUUACUAGAGUUUUGUAUAUAUGCUGGGAAUGUCAAAGUUUUUUUUUAGCAGAAUGAAGUCUAACACGACGAAUAUAUGAAAUUCAUAUAUCCGAACUGCGGUUAUGGA